GGGCGGGGGUCGCCUGCCCGGGCCGCGCGAUGGCCGGGCGUCCCGGUGGCGCGCCGGGCGGCACCAUGAAGGGCAACAGCAGCGCGCUGCUCAACGCCUCCCAGCAGGGGCCCGGCGGCGGCGGCGGGGCGGCGGGGCCGCGCCCCUCGUGGCUGGCCUCCACGCUGGCCUUCAUCCUCAUCUUCACCAUCGUGGUGGACAUCCUGGGCAACCUCCUGGUCAUCCUGUCCGUGUAUCGGAACAAGAAGCUGAGGAACGCAGGGAACAUCUUUGUGGUGAGCCUGGCGGUCGCCGACCUGGUGGUGGCCGUGUACCCGUACCCCUUGGUGCUGACGUCCAUCCUGCACGACGGCUGGAACCUCGGCUACCUGCACUGCCAAGUCAGCGGCUUCCUCAUGGGCUUGAGCGUCAUCGGCUCCAUCUUCAACAUCACGGGCAUCGCCAUCAACCGCUACUGCUACAUCUGCCACAGCCUCCGGUACGACCGGCUGUACAGCAACAAGAACUCGCUCUGCUGCGUGCUGCUGAUCUGGGUCCUGACGCUCGCGGCCAUCGCGCCCAACCUGCGCAUCGGGACCCUGCAGUACGACCCGCGCAUCUACUCCUGCACCUUCGCGCAGUCCGUCAGCUCCGCCUACACCAUCGCCGUGGUGGUCUUCCACUUCCUGGUCCCCAUGGUCAUCGUCGUCUUCUGCUACCUGAGAAUCUGGAUCCUGGUCCUGCAGGUCCGACGGAGGGUGAAGCCUGACCACAAACCCAAACUGAAGCCGCAGGACUUCAGGAACUUCGUCACCAUGUUCGUGGUCUUCGUGCUGUUUGCCAUUUGCUGGGCUCCCCUGAACCUCAUCGGCCUCGCCGUGGCCUCAGACCCCGCCGGCAUGGUUCCCAGGAUCCCAGAGUGGCUGUUCGUGGCCAGUUACUACAUGGCGUAUUUCAACAGCUGCCUCAACGCCAUCAUCUACGGGCUGCUGAACCAGAACUUCAGGAAGGAGUACAGGAGGAUCAUCGUCUCCCUGUGUACAGCCAGGAUGUUCUUUGUGGAGAGCACCAACGAUGGGGCAGGCAGGGUGAAAUGCAAACCCUCGCCGUUAAGGACCAACAAUCACCUCAUAAAGGUGGACUCCGUUUGAAAAACAAAGCGUUGCUGGCAAGACGUGAAUCCUGCUCACGGUCUUACU